UUAUGGAUUAGGGUUUACGCUCUCAUAAUACCAAAUUCUCAUUUUCUUCUUCUUUUUCUUUCUAAUCCUCUUCUUUUUGGCAUGACCAGAUCGAAAAAAUCACCAAAUGCUGAGCAAAAGAGCUCCAGGUAAAUAUUCUCUCUCUUCCCUCAUUUCCAUUUUCAGAACCCAAUUUGAUUCUCAUGUUUCCAAAUCUAACAAAAACGAUUCCUCUGAUUCCACUCCUCUGUGGAAAUUGAUUCAAACCCAAUGCAAAUCCCUUGACCUAGCCCUUGGUUUCUUCGAUUCAAUGGUUCAAAUGCGACCCUUGCCCUCCAUUACCUCUUUCAAUCAUUUGUUCGCUUCUCUCUCCAAGAUGAACCACCAUUCCACUGUCGUUUCGCUCUACCGAGAAUUGAUGCAUCUGGGUUGCCUCCAUUUUCGACCCAAUCUAACUACAUUGACCAUUGUCAUCCAAUCCAUUUGUCGUUUGAAGAAUCUGGCUUUGGGUUUCUCUGUUUUUGCCAUUAUCUUUAAGCGCGGCCUUAAGCCCAAUGAUUGGGUGUUGAAUACUCUGCUCCAUGGCCUCUCGUUGGGAGGCUCGGUGGCUGCGGCCGCGGAGUUAUUCCUUGAGAUUAUAGAGAAGGAGCACCCGCUUGACGGGGUUACUUACGCGACUAUGAUUAAUGGGUUCUGUAGUGUUGGAGAAACUGGUAAGGCGAUUGAGUUGCUCGAGCAUAUGCACGAGUGCAACCACCGAGGGAUUAAGCCGACUGCGAGUUGUUAUAGUCCUAUAAUUUCUAAAUUUUGGAAACAAGGAAGAAUUGAUGAGGCCUUUGGCUUGUUUGAAGCUAUGAUCAACCGUGGUGUUCGACCGGAUCUCUUUGUUUGUAAUUCGCUGUUUCACGGAUUGUGCAAAUAUAGUCGUUGGGAAGCAGCAACAAAAUUCUUAGAAUUUAUGAGUGAUUGGAAACUCUGUACUAAUAUUUUUACAUUCAAUAUUAUGUUGGAUGCUUUGUUUAAGGAAGGAAGAAUUGAAGAGGUACUUGAUCUUAUGGAAGGAUUGAGUAAUAGAGGUCUUAAGCCUGAUGUCAUUGCAUACAGCUCUUUAAUUUGUGGAUUUUGCCUAUCAGGCCAAUGGAGAAAAGCUAUUGAUUUGUUGGAUGAAUUGGAAAAUGAAUUCAUCUCGGCAAAUCUUGUAACUUUCACCAUAAUUGUGCACGCCCUCUUCAGGCAAAGGCAGAGGAAGGAAGCCCUCGGCGUGUUUCAUGUAAUGGUUGAAAGAGAUAUAACACCGGACCUUGUCACUUACAACGUGUUGAUUGAUGGAUUGUGUCAUUCAUGUCAAUGGGAAGAAGCUACAAGGUUGAUUGAUGAGAUGAUAAGUCGGAGAAUUUUUCCCAACGUCAUAACUAUGAAUGGAAUUUUGGAUGCUUUUUGUGAACAACAAAUGAUGGAAAAGGCUCGAAAGCUUUUCGAUGGGAUGAAUCAACAUGGUCCUAAGCCUGAUAGAAUAACCUACAAUACAUUGAUCAAGGGGUAUUGUUUACAAGGUAAAGUGGGCGAAGCGAAGGAAAUCCUUGAACAAAUGAGAUCAAAGGGUAUUGUGCCUAAUAUUGUUUGCUACAAUACCUUGGCCAUUGGUUACAUGAAGGUUAAUAAAACAGACGAUGCUCUCAAGCUUCUCAAAGGCGCGAUCGAGAAAGGGUUAGCGCCCAAUCAUGUAACAGAAAACACUUUGAAUAGCAUUUUUGCUAGAAGGAUUGUUAGAUCCGGACUGUAAGUCCCCCCAUGGGGCAAUGGAUGUUUUCAACAAAAUAUCAGAACUUUUCUCUGGAGUUCCUGGCUUGCCUUGAUAAUGUAAAUUCUUGUUCCCGGCUAGUUCUAUGAAGUGACCGGUUCACUUUGACGGUGUUAGUGUAGAUGAUACUUGUUUUCCGGAGUACAGAUGUUUCUCAGUCGUAGACGCACAAGGUAACCAGAGCCAUCCUGAAUGGCGAAAUGCUUCUCGCUCUCGUGUAUGCCUGAAUAUCUGUCUGCAAGUUUCUGCUCUGAAGUGUCUCGGUUGCGUUAAGAAGUUUGUUUAAUCUGCCAAGGCUAAAAGUUAUGUAUUUCAAGUUUGGAAAUCUGGUUGGCCCUUUGUAAUAUUGUCUUCGCUGGCUUAUUCAAAAUUUUGUGUGGCUAAUUGCUGAUUAAAUUUUCUAAA